AUGUCAUCAGCGACCGGCAACAGGAAUGAAUCCACUUUGGGCAGCAGUUUGAGUGCCACAACGACAACAACAACAGCCGAAAUCAAGUCUGAGUUUGUGGAGUCGGUCAAUGACACUGCCAGUGUACUUCAGCAGGGGCAGACUAACUCGGCUUCCAAUAUCUCUUCCUCCUCUUCGACCACCAUUGCCGACUACCACGUUCCACCGGCCGAUUCAGGUCAGCAGCAGCAGCAACAUCAGCAGCAAAACGCCUAUGCCCCAGCAGCAAAGGAGCCCUCCCCGGAGAGUCGCGUCGAGCAGGCCGACUCGACGACAAAUUCAAUUCACCCUUCCGAUCACUCACUUGAUCUCGACUAUCUUCUCAACUUUGACGACCUAAAUGAUGUGCUCGGAUGUGAGGAUGAGGAGUCGGCAGAGACGGCAACGACUACGACAGCAACAGAAAUCAUUGAGAAUGGUUUGACUGCAAGGACGAACCUGAUGCAGCAGCAUCAAAUGCUGGAGCACCACCAUCACCACCAUCAUCACCAACAACAGCACCAACAGCAUCAUCAGCCAAUGGACUUUGAAGACAGUGCGAACAAUAGUGAAAAGUCGAUGAUGACAACGACGACGACGACGACAACGAUGAAUGGCGACAGUAGUGGUGGUGGCGGCCACCAAAUGAUCGAUUUCAAUGACAACUGGUUUCAUUUGGAGGAGAGCUUCAGCUCAUUUGGUCAGCCGCAGCAGCAGCAGCAGCAGUCAAAUCAAAUGAUGCAUAUGGUGCAGACCAAUAUGGUUGAGAACGGCGGUGGAAAUGGUCAGCAUAUGAUGGAAAGCGAGCACAUGGAAAGUGGUGGUGGUGGUGGUGGUGGUGAUCUGCUGAACGCCUCAGACAGCGCCUUCCUCGAGACCAUCAAUCAGAUCUUUGAGCAGAGCUUUCCUCAGCUGUCGUCGUCAACUGCGACGACCUCGACGACCACGAUGACCACGACGAUUG